AUGAGUGCCGCCGCCCAAGAAACCACGGCCGGCGGCGGCGAUGGCAAGCGUCAGGGACCUCGCCGCCCGGGGUACCUCAAGCUUGGCUACCACAUCGUGGUGUCCAACGCGAUCUACGUACUGCUUGCCCCGUUCGCCGCGGCGUUGGCGCUCCGUGCGUCCCGCCUCACCCCGUCCGACCUGGCCGCAGCACGUGCCUACCUCCUCGCGAACCUCCAGCUGGCUGUCUCCCUCGUGUCCGUUGCCACGGCCCUCGCGACGGUCUACCUCGCGCGGCGGCCGCGCGCGGUGUACCUGCUAGACUUCGCGUGCUACAAGCCGGGGCCCGACCACGUGGUCACCCGGGAGACCUUCAUGGAGCAGUCCAACAAGGCCGGAGUGUUCACCGACGAUAACCUGGCGUUCCAGCGUAAGAUCUUGGAGCGGUCGGGGCUAGGGCAGGGGACCUACUUCCCGGCGGCGGUGCUCAACUGCAGCCUCUUCAACCCGACGCCAUCGCUCUCCGCCAUGGUCGUCAACCACUAUAAGCUCCGCGGUAACGUCGCCAGCUACAACCUCGGCGGCAUGGGAUGCAGCGCCGGGCUCAUCUCCAUCGACCUGGCCAAGCAGCUGCUCCAGGUCCACCAGAACUCGUACGCGCUGGUGGUGAGCAUGGAAAACAUCACGCUCAACUGGUACUGGGGCAACGACCGCUCCAUGCUCAUGUCCAACUGCCUCUUCCGCAUGGGCGGCACGGCGAUCCUCCUCACCAACCGCGUCGCCGAUAAGCGCCGCUCGAAAUACCAGCUCGUGCACACCGUGCGCACGCACCACAGCGCCGACGACCGCGCUUAUCGCUGCGUGUUCCAGGAGGAGGACAAGGCUGGCCGGGUCGGCAUCGCGCUCUCCAAGGACCUCAUGGCCGUCGCCGGUGAGGCCCUCAAGACCAACAUCACCACGCUCGGCCCCCUCGUUCUCCCCAUGUCCGAGCAGAUCCUUUUCCUCACCUCUCUCAUCGGCAAGAAUAUCUUUGGUCUCAAGAUGAAGCCCUACAUUCCGGACUUCAAGAUGGCCUUCGAGCACUUCUGCAUCCAUGCCGGUGGCAGAGCGGUGCUGGACACCAUUGAGAAGAACCUGGAGCUCAGUGACUGGCACAUGGAGCCUUCGAGGAUGACGUUAAACCGGUGGGGGAACACGUCGAGCAGCUCGCUCUGGUAUGAGCUUGCAUACACGGAGGCGAAGGGACGCGUCCGACGCGAGCACCGUGCGUGGCAGAUCGCCUCCGGGUCAGGGUUCAAGUGUAACAGCGCGGUGUGGCGCGCGCUCAAGGACAUUCACCCAUCAAAGGAAGCCGGCAGCAAUCCAUGGAUUGAGGAGAUCCACCGGUUCCCAGUCAAGGUGCCCAAGGUGGAGAGCGUCGUUUCAUCACCAUGA